AGGAAAAGAGAAAAGACAAAGACGAAAAAAGUUAAAAUCUAGAAGAAUCAUCCAAGCCUGAAGCCAAUUUCGGUUCGGAGAAAUCGAUUGUUAGAAGUGUAGAGUGAAGAUGGCAGGAAGAGAAGUUCGUGAAUACACAAAUCUCAGUGAUCCAAAAGAUAAAAAAUGGGGUAAAGGCAAGGAUAAGAUUGAUGAUGAAGACAUCACCUUUCAACGAAUGGUUGCCAAGAUGCAGGAGGUUGCUGGAGAACGUGGUGGCUAUCUUCAUGGCCGAGGCGCCUUGGACAGUGAUGAUUUGCUCUAUCUUAAGGAGCAGAUGGAAGCUGAGGAGGAUGCUGAACGCCUCCUGAGGCGUACUGAGAAACGAGCUUUUGCUGCUUUUAAGAAAGCAGCAAGUUUGGCAGAUUCUUCACCUGCAUCUGUUCCUUUGCCACUUCGUGUUGAGCCCAAGCCAAAGAGUGGAAUUAGACAACAGGAUUUGCUGAAAAAGGUGGUUGAGGUUAAACCAAAGAGACCAAAAAUUUCCACCCCAUCGGUCGGUAAUCAGUCGACCUCUGUUUCAAUUAACCCUGCAUCAAAAAACUUAAAGUCUGAGGUUGACCAGAAGAACGGAAAAGAGCAAACUUCACUAAUAUCAAAGAAACAGGAAACACAGACGGGGUCGGAAAAUCCUGUUAAAAGCUUACUAGGCUUAGCAUAUGCGAGUUCUGAUGAUGAGGACUGACUGUAGAAGUAAGGGUUAUGGGCAAGAGUAAUUCAUUCAUUGUUAUGCGACAAAUGACUGUUUCAUUGCUUUGGUUGUUAGUGGUGCUUGUCAAAUCUGAGUAGAUAUGAAAAUAUUGUCAAGUAAUUUUCAGACUUCUGAUAUGCUAAAUCCAUCAAGUUUUUUUAGAGUA